AUGGACGCCGAUCAGAUCCGCAAUAAGCGGUUGGCUAAACUUGCUUCCCAAGCUGCCAGCUCCUCAUCGCCACCGAACGAAGAACCACAGUCUUCCUCUAAGCCCACCUCACCUACUCCGACCCCUCAGCAGCAAGGCCCGCAGCCCAGCUCUUCUAGCGGAACAAACCCAGAAUCAGGUUCUGAUGCGAAUAAACCCUCCGAGAUGAAGCGUAUCAGAAUUACACAAGCAAAAAGUCAAGGCUCAGCAGCUAAAGCCUCCUCUAAGCCUCCAGAGACUAUUGACGAGUUUGAAAACCGGAUAAUGUGUAACAUAUUUAGGAUAUCCCUGGACGAAAAUUAUCAGGCGGAUAUACAUGGCCAAAAACUGACGUAUCUGAGUGGAGUACGUCAGGAUCUGGAAGAGGAAAAGGCCCCUAUACGGAUGAGCGUCGCCAUUCUCGACCAGGCAUUACUUGAAGCUGCAUCACAAACGGAUAAUCAAAAGCCUCUGUCAUACUUACUACCAUGCUGGAAGAGAAUAUCCACCUUGUCUAAGGGUUUUAGGAAGCCUGCAGUUGGUGAUCCUAAAUAUGAUAUUAUCCUAGAAGCUCGGAGGUUAUGCAUGGGUUACUGUAUAUUUGCAGCAACAAUGCCAGAGAUGUUUGGCGUUGAAUCACCUCCAUCUGCUCCUCUAAAGCCACAUCUCUUAUUAGACCCGGAUGAUGAUCAAGGGCUCAGCCAGGAAUUUAUUUUGGACGUCCUCAAGCGCGUAGAGGAAGAUGACUCGAUUCUCCCCGCAUUUGUCACAGCUGUGGAAGAGAUAAGCCAGGAUCUGUCAAAGAUUACCCUUGAUGAUGAUUAUCAUCCUUAUAUGAUGGCUCUGCGGAAUCUUGUACGCUAUCCAGCAAUAGCCACUGCUAUUACGGAGUCUCCCAAGUUUAACAUGGUGACUUUGGCCCCUUACUAUGAGAGCCUAACGAUUCUUGGCCCUUGGUUUGCUCUCUCCCCUCUCCAUCCUAACGUCACUUUGAAGUAUUUCUCAAGUCCGAAAACUCGUGAUCAACUCUUUAUCCUCAAUGCUCAGAGGUCAAUGAGGAUGACCCAGCAACUGGUUCAAAAUGAACUACUCGACAUCAUCAACCACUUGAUCCGAGCUUCAAAGACUGCACGAGAAAACGUCCUGGACUGGUUUGCGGCAUCAUUGAACUUCAAUCACAAGCGCAGGGCUCUCAACGUAGACCCUAAGCGGGUCUCCUCUGAUGGGUUUAUGUUCAACAUCACUACUUGUCUAGACCAGCUUUGUGAACCUUUCAUGGAUGCCGCUUUUACAAAAAUUGACAGGAUAGAGCCGGAAUAUGUCCAGCGGAAACCGCGAGUCCAAAUGAGAGACGAAACAAAGAUAAACGCUGAUCAAGAAACCUCGGACGCAUUUUAUGACAAGACCGUAGAGGGCUCGUCAAACUUUAUAACCGAAAUCUUUUUCCUGACCGUCGCUGCUCACAAUUAUGGUAGCGAGUCAUUGACAUCAAAACUUAACGACCUUCAUAGACAUAUUCGAGAUAUGCAAUCUCAAAUAGAUCGGUUUGAGCUUGAAAGACCCCGAUGGGCUUCUAAUCCUCCUCAGCUUCGGAUGUUUGAGGAAGCCCUCAAAAAGUACAAAGACCGGCUAGAGUUGGGCAUCGCUCUUGAAUAUGCUCUCCAAGGCCUGCUUCUGGACGAAAUUUGGCAAUCCCGGUCUAUGCAAUUCAUGAGAUACGUGAUAGUCUGGUUACUACGCUUGAUAUCUAAGCGUAACUUUCCAAAAGAACAAAUUCAGCUCCCUCUACCAGAACAACAAUCAGAAGUGCUGAAAUUUCUGCCAGAGUAUUUCCUUGAUGGCAUAAUCAGCAACUUUAAGUUCAUAAUAUCGAACAUGCCCAAUAUUGUGACUUCAACCCAAGGGGAUGAGUUGGUAAUUUUCUGCAUCACGCUUCUGCAGAGUUCCAAUUAUAUCAAGAAUCCUUUCAUGAAAUCAGGGUUGCUGACCAUCCUAUAUUAUGGUACAUUAGCUCGACGAAGUGGAAGAGGACCCCUCGUCGACCUGUGCAACUCGAUGCCAUUCGCCCUGAACAAUCUUCUCCACAGUUUGAUGACAUUUUAUAUUGAAGCGGAAUUCACCGGUACCCAUACACAGUUUAGUGAUAAAUUUAGCAUUCGAUAUGAGAUAUUCCAGGUCAUCAAAUGUAUCUGGCCCAACCAAGUCUAUAGAGACAAACUCUCUGUCGAAGCGAAGAAAAACCUGGACUUCUUUGUUCAAUUCGUGAAUCUUCUAUUGAACGAUGUAACCUACAUCCUCGACCUAUCAUUCACGUCAUUCAUCAAGAUCCACGACACUCAAGAGGAAUUGAAUCGAGAGGGAAGCUCGAUGGAGGAGAGCGUUCGACAAGAAAAGCAAGAGUCCCUAGACAUGGAGAAACGUCGCGCGAAAUCUACUAUGCAACUAACCAACGAAACAGUUGCCAUGCUAAAGCUUUUUACCCAAGCCUUGGCUGAUUCGUUUACCAUGAAGGAAAUUGUACAGCGUCUGGCCGACAUGAUCAACUACAACCUUGAUGCUAUGGUUGGCCCAAAAAGUACCAACCUGCGUGUGGACAACCCUGCUGAGUACGGCUUUAACCCUCGUAAUAUGUUGAACGAGAUCACAGACGUUUAUCUGAACCUGAUGGGUAAGGAAAGCUUUAUUCUAGCUGUUGCUCGUGACGGUCGGUCCUACAAACCGGCGAACUUUGAGAAGGCCGCCGAAAUUCUUCGGAAGUUCGCCCUUAAAUCCCCUGAGGAUUUGGCUAGCUGGGACAAGCUCCAGGCUGCCGUUAAGAAGGCAAAGGAAGAGGAUGAGCAAGCAGAAGAGGAUCUAGGAGAGAUUCCAGAUGAGUUCUUAGACCCUCUUAUGUAUACGCUCAUGGAGGACCCUGUUAUUCUACCAAGCUCAAAGGUAUCGAUCGACAGGUCAACAAUCAGGUCCCAUCUUCUGAGCGACCCCAACGAUCCAUUCAACCGAGCUCCUCUAAAAAUCGCGGAGGUUGUCCCUGAUAUCGAGCUCCGAGAAAAGAUUGAAGCUUUCAAAGCAGAGAAACGGGCCGCAAGGUUGGCUGAAAAGGCGAUGGAGAACAGCGACAAGAUGGAGACUGGUGCUGGUUAA